AUGAAGCUUGGAAGGGGAAAGUUCAAAGUUGAAGGGACACUGUGCCUACCAAAUAAAACAGGAGAGCAGACUGAGUUCUCGGGGUUUCCCUGUGUAGUCUUCCUGGCAGGCUCUGGACCAUGCGAUCGAGAUUCUACAAUAGGAGAGAACAAACCAUUCAAAGACCUUGCAUUGGGUCUUGCUUCCCAGAGAAUCGCCUCAAUUCGAUUCGACAAAGUGACUCAUACACACCAAAAGACAUUUCGCAAGCGCAAGGGUAUCACAUUGACAGACGAAUAUGUGGAACAUGCUAUGGAUGCUGUUCUACAGGCCCAGAACCAUCCAAACAUCCUUCCACAUGGAGUUUUUGCUCUCGGACACAGUCUAGGUGCAGUAGUUGCACCAAUAAUUACAGCUAUGAAUAAUUCCACUGCCGGUUGCAUUAUAAUGGCUGGGCCAGCGGAGCCAGUUUACCGAUGUCUUGUCCGACAACUUCGCUACAUCAUGUCAUUAGAUGGCCCCGAAGCGCUAUAUCUCAACAAGCAGAUUGAUGCUACACAAGCGCAGGCUGAACUAGCAGACAGUGACAAGCUCACAUUGUCAACGCCUGCUAAAAAGCUCCCCUUUGGAAUAGGUCCGUCUUAUUGGCUUGAUUAUCGCAAAUUCAAGCCCAUUGAGACAUGCGCCUCAUUGAAGAAACCCGUACUCGUUAUGCAGGGCGAUAGGGACUACCAGAUCACCAUCCAGGAUGAUUAUCGCCAUUGGGAGGCGGCUCUUAGUGAGAAGCAGAACGUCCAGUUACGGAUUUAUGAGCGUUUAAAUCAUCUUUUCAUCUCGGGGAGUGUACCAUCGACACCAAUUGAGUAUACUGUCCCAGGAAACCUAGAUGAGCAGGUUGUAAAUGAUCUUGCUAAAUGGGUGACUGAAAAUAGCCCGGUCACACCGGAAGCCCAGACAUUAAUCUGA